AUGACAACAGACACAGCUGCUCCUACAACAACCACAGCUGCUCCAACCACAACUACAGCUGCUCCAACCACAACCACAACUGCUCCUACCACAACCGCUCCUACUACAACCACAACUGCUCCGUCAUCCACCACAGCUGCUUUGACAUCAAACACAGCUGCUCCGACAUCAACCACAGCUGCUCAAACUACAACAACAUCUGCUCCAAUCACAACCACAGCUACUCCAACCACAACUACAGCUGUUCCCACCACAACAACUGUCCUUCCGACCACAACCACAAUUGCUCCAACCACAACAACUGCUGCUCCUUCCACAACCACAGCUGCUCAAACCACAACAACAGCUGCUCCAUCCACAACCACAGAUGCUCCAACCACAACAACAGCUGCUCCUACAACAACCACAGCUGCUCCUACCACAACAACAGCUGCUACUACAACGACCACUACCACAGUUGCUCCGACCACAACAACAGCUGCUACGACAACAGACACAGUUGCUCAAACCACAACAACAGCUGCUCCAACCACAACUACAGAUGUUCCAACCACAACAACUGUUCUUCCAACCACAACCACAGCUUCUCCAACCACAACCACAACUGCUCCUACCACAACCGCUCCUACCACAACCACAGUUGCUCCGACAUCAACCACAGCUGCUCUAACAUCAGCCACAGCUGCUCAAGCUCCAAUCACAACCACAGCUGCUCCGACCACAACAACUGUCUACAGCUGUUCCCACCACAACAACUGUCCUUCCGAACACAGCCACAUUCCGACCACAACCACAGUUGCUCCAAACACAACCACAACUGCUCAAACCACAAACACAGCUGCUCCGACCACAACCACAGCUACUCCAACCACAACUACAGCUGUUCCCACCACAUCAACUGUCCUUCUGACCACAACCACGAUUGUUCCAACAACAACAACAGCUGCUCCUAUCACAACCACAACUGCUCCGACCACAACAACAGCUAUUACAACAACAACCACAGCUGCUCAAACCACAACAACAGCUGCUCCGACAACAAACAAAGCUACUCCAACGACAACUACAGCUGUUCCAAGCACAACAACUGUCCUUCCGACCACAACCACAUUUGCUCCGACCACAACCACAGCUGCUCCAACAACAACUACAGCUGUUCCAGGCACAACAACUGUACUUACAACCACAACAACAGCUGCUCCAACCACAACCACAACUGCUCCUACCACAACCGCUCCUACCACAACCAUAGCUGUUCCGACAUCAACCACAGCUGCUCCAACAUCAACCACAACUGUGUUGCCAUCAACAACAUCUGGUCCGACAUCAAUCACAGCUGCUCAAACUACAACAACAGCUGCUCCAAUUACAACCACAGCUACUCCAACCACAACUACAGCUGUUCCCACUAGAACUGUCCUUCCUACCACCACCACAGUUGCUCCAACCACAACAACAGCUGCUCCUACCACAACCACAGCUGCUCUGACAACAAUAACAGCUGCUACAACAACAACCACAGCUCCUCAAACCACAGCAAAAGCUGCUCCGACCAAAACCACAACUACUCCAACCACAACUACAGCUUUUCCCUCCACAGCAACUGUCCUUCCGACCACAACCACAGCUGCUCCUACCAAAACCACAGCUCCUUCAACCACAACGACAACUGCUCCAACCACAACCACAACUGCUCCUGCCACAACCGGUCGUACCACAACCACAGCUUCUCCGACAUCAACCACAACUGGUCCGACAUCAACCACAGCUGCAUUGACAUCACCCACAGCAGCUCAAACUACAACAACAGCUGCUCCAAUUACAACCACAGCUACUCCAACCACAACUACAGCUGUCCCCACCACAACUGUCCAUACGACCACAAGCACAAUUGCUCCAACCACAACAACAGCUGCUCCUAUCACAACCACAACUGCUCCGACCACAACAACAGCUAUUACAACAACAACCACAGCUGCUCAAACCACAACAACAGCUGCUCCGACCACAAACAAAGCUUCUCCAACCACCACUACAGCUUUUCCAAGUACAACAACUGUCCUUCCGACCACAACCACAUUUGCUCCGACCACAACCACAGCUUCUCCAACCACAAUUACAGCUGUUUCCACCACAACAACUGUUCUUCCAACCACAACCACAGUUGCUCCGACCACAACAACAGCUGCUCCGACCACAACCAGAGCUACUCCAUCUACAACUACAGCUGUUCCAACCACAACAACUGUCCUUCAAACAACAACAAACAAUGCUACUCUAAAAAAUAACACAGCUCCUCCAACUAUUUCAGGUGUGCCAACCAUUUCCACAUCUGCAUUAACCAAAAUCACAGAUGCUCCAACCACAAUUACAGUUGCCCCAAAAACAAUUACAGCUGCUCGAAUCACAACUACAGCCAAUCAGACAAACCCCACUCUUGAAGCAACUACUGCACAAACUACAACCAUAGCUCCUGCUCUAUUUUUUGUUGUUAGAGUAACUGUAAAUGAACCAUUUGUUGAACCACUCACUGAUGAAAACAGCAACGCGUUUAAGGAACUUAAGCAAAAGGUCAUAGACGCAUUUGAUGAAAUCUACAGAAAAAGGUUUGGAGCCCUCUUCAUCGGUAGUUUUGUCAAUGCAUUUAGAGUUUCUAGUCCCACAAUACGAAUGAAUGCCACAGAAGUAGAUGUGAAGGUGGUGUUUAAUGAAACAACACCACUUGAAAAACUCCCAGAGAAUAAGGUUGUACAAGACACCUUAGAACAGGCCAUAAAGACCACUACCUUCAAAAUUGUGUUUCUACCUGGGUCCAUUCAAAUAAUAUACACACCUUUGCCAACCACAACCCCCACAAAUUCUACAGUUAUUGCCAUCACUGCAGCUGCAAAUGCUACAACCAAAGCUUCAGCUACCAAUGAAAAUACAACAGCUUUAACAAACACUACUACAGCUAAACCAAUCACCGCUUCUACAACCACCACCACAACAACUACCACUACUGGAGUUAAGCCAACAACCACAACAACUACCACUACUGGAGUUAAGCCAACAACCACAACUACAACUGUGGAGUCAACAAUAACAAAGCGACUGACUUUUAGAUCUGCAAGAGAGACCUUCACAAUUGACUUGCUCAACCCAUCAUCUACAGCAUUUAUUAAUCGAGCUGCACUUCUAAAGUCUAAUCUCGAACCACUCUUCCAGCGAGCAUUUUCAUCACUACGCACUUUUGUUGUGAUAUUUUUCCGCAAUGGGUCAAUCAUCAACAACAUAGACCUUGGAUUUUCAUCAGCGUUUGUUCCUACAAAAAGACAAAUUGCUGAAGUUUUGGUCAAUGCAUCUUCAAACAUCACUGCUUUCAACAUUGACAACAGUUUCAUUUUUGUGGAUGGCAUACAAAUGUCAAGUGGAGUAAGCCACAAGAUCAGCCUCAUAACUGCAUUCAGCAUGGUCCUGUUGUCAUGGCUUCUGACAAGUCAGCAAUAACGUUAGUUAUUGCUAGUUUCCGGAGGAAAAUCUGCUGGGAAACCACAACCACAGCUGCCCUGCCCACAACUACAGCUGCUCCGACAACAUCUACAGCUGCUCCUACCACAACAGUCCUUCCAACCACAACUACAGCUGUUGCAACCACAACCACAGCUACUUUGACAACAACUACAGCUGUUUCAACCACAACAACAGCUGCUCCAACCACAACAACCACUCCUCAAACCACAACCACGGCUGCUCCAGCCACAACAUCAGCCGUUCCAACCACAUCUACAGCUGCUCCUUCCACAACAACAGUCCUUCCAACCACAACUACAUCGGGUUCAACUACAACAACUACUGCUCCAACAACAACAACUGACCCAACCAGAACUACAUCUGCUCCAACCACAACAGGAGCAUUUCUAACAACAACUACAGCUGCUCUAAGAAAAAGUACUGCAACUACAGCGACAACCACAAUUGCUAUAACCACAAUGACUGUUGCAUCAAUUACAAUUUUUACAAUAAGAACAUCCACCGAAUCAGCUGCUCCUGUAACAAACAAUGCUACUCUAAGAAAUAACACAGCUCCUCCAACUAUUUCAGGUGUGCCAACCAUUUCCACACUUGCAUUAACCAAAAUCACAGAUGCUCCAACCAAAAUUACAGUUGCCCCAAAAACAAUUACAGCUGCUCUAAUCACAACUACAGUUGUUCCAAUAAUAACCACAACUUCUACAACAAGACUGAUUCCAUGAACUAAAACAACCUCAUCUACAACCACAGCUGCUUCACCUUCAGCUUUGCCAAGCACAACAGCUGCUCCAAACCAAAACCACAGCCAAUCAGACAAACCCCACUCUUGAGGCAACUACUGCAUUUUCCGGAGGAAAAUCUGCAGGGAAAUGUUAACUGUUUCUGGUCUGAACAAGGACAAUGCUCUAAAUGUAAACCAAGAGUUGUGCAUAAAGUUAAAUUUUAAAACAUUUAUUGAAACGUGAUAUUGUAGAACACAGAGUUUGCUCAAUUAAAAUGUUAUUAUAUUCAAGUUUAUUCAUGUCAGUCCUUUCCUAUUUAUUUACGUAAACUUAAUUAUUAUUUUUAGGUAAUAUAACUUACUAUUUUUAAAAGGUAACAUGAAGGUAAUUCCUUAAGAAUCAUUUAGUUUGGUGACUGUUGCAACCCUUUAGAUUUCUCUCUAUAUCUCUAUGUAUAUAAUAAGGUAAACCAAACAUAUACUGUCUGAGCAAUGCCAUGCAUCAUUGUCCGGUUUUUCCUUUUCUUUUAAAUUGUAUUUACAGCCUGCAAAUAUUCUCUGUUCCGCUUUCUGUACAGCAGUAAGCCUAUAUAUAUAUAUUGUUUUGUUUUUUGUUUUUUUCUGUAUAACUAUGAAUAUAAUUAAAAUAUUAGAAAAAAAACAC